ACAUGAUGAACACUAUAAUAUAUUAUUAUUAUUAUUAAUCUGCAAACCAAUUUGCUUGGUUUAUAGGCAUAAAACUUAAUUGACCUGAGUGUAACAGAUUUUCUUCGUUUGAGUUGUCUGUUCCAGCUUUUUUUCUUGUUCUUCCGAACGAUCUUUUCGUUUUCUUCCUUUAACAAAUAUAUAGACGCUUGAGAGAGUCCUCUUUAGACUUAUGAUUAAUUACUGCGGAGUGAUACGAGAGACUAGGAAGUAGCACCGGCUCGGUUCCUAGACGAACGGUUACUAAAAACUGCAGUUGAUCAAUAAGUCAUUGAGAGACAUUAUUUUAAAAUUAAAACAUGUAAUCAUGCUAUGGAAUUAUCUGUGCCUAGUACUGAUGAAAACAGAGUCUAACGUGCUCUCUCACCACAAGGUGGCGUAAACAAGCCAUUUGCACAGCACUUUAUGGUGAGUUCUUACAGAGAAAAUAGAGAUAAAUGGUUAACAUUGAUGCAUUUCUUAACAUUUCACUUUGUGUCAUUGAUCAGCAUAAAUUAGAUCAGUGUUAUUUUAGUAUCAUACUAAAAUAGAUACCAAAUAGCAUCUAAAAGCGAUACUGUUGUAGUUUUAAUUAAUAUUUUAAUAUUCAUUUUUUUGUUCAUUUUCCAUUUUAAGUUUACCUGGUGUCCUUACCUUACUAAUUUAGUUUUUUUAGUUUUGGUUUUUAAAAACCCAAUAUUUCCAUACACAUAUCUAUAGUAUCUAUCUAUAUCUAUAAAAUAACUUCUAUAUAUAGUUCUAUAUAGAUUUUUUAAAUUCAUUUUUAUUUCAGUUUUAGUUUUAGCACAUCAAAUCAAAAUGAAAGAAAACGCUAGAUGUUUCCUUUGCAACUAGCUGAAAUAAAAUACGAUUAAAUUUCUUUUUUUCUGUGUUUGAGUUAAUGCUUAAGUCAAGUAAGGAAAAACCUUUUUAUGGUUUCAGUUUUAGUUAAUUAUAAUAUCCCUGGUACAGAUUAUUUUUCAUUUCUGUAUACACAUCACCAAAUGUAUAUUAAGAAACAACUGGUGGCCUUGAGUGUUCUUUUGUAAGGACAAUUUUUGGCAUCGGUUAUGUUACACCUGUUUUACAGGAAGAUUCCUCCAAGUCAGGGGAGGAACUUUAGGAAAGUGUGGGAGGUGUGUUACGUUCGUAUGUGUAUUAUAAUCCGUAUGUGUAAUAUAAAGAAAGAUGUGUGAGAGCACACCUGUCAGUCGCCCGGGUGAACUCAGGGAAACAGCCUAAAGCAGUGAUGGCUUGUUUGAAUUUGAUCUUCUUACUCGUGUUGUCUGUGCUGGUAGGGGUCACAGAAGCUUCUCUAGCACAAUUCAGCCACCAAGGAGCCAUGGCCCAUGGAGACAUCAUCAUUGGAGGUCUUUUCCCCAUCCACGAAGCACUGGAGGCAGUGAACAACACUGACUUAAACAGCUUCUUUACUUCUCGGCAUCCAAACUGCAGCAGAUUCUACACAAAAGGUCUAAAUCAGGCUCUAGCUAUGAUUCAUGCUGUGGAAAUGGCAAACAGAUCACCCGUGUUGAGCAGUUUGAAUAUUACUCUUGGAUAUCGUAUCUAUGACACAUGUUCUGAUGUCACGACUGCACUUUGGGCCGUCCAAGAUCUCACACGGCCGUUCUCAGACUGUGACUCAGCAACAAACUCUUCUCAACCUGUCCAGCCGAUAAUGGCGGUCAUUGGGCCCUCUUCUUCUGAGAUCUCCAUCGCAGUUGCCAGGGAACUCAACCUUCAGUUUAUUCCACAGAUAAGUUAUGCAUCUACAGCUACAAUUCUGAGUGACAAAAGUCGUUUCCCUGCUUUCAUGAGGACUGUCCCCAAUGAUGAGUACCAAACCCAUGCCAUGGUACAACUUCUGAAGGACAAUAAAUGGACCUGGGUUGGCAUUAUCAUUACAGAUGGAGACUAUGGGCGUUCUGCCAUGGAAAGUUUUGUUAAGCACACUGAAAACAAGGGAAUUUGUGUGGCCUUUAAGGAGAUCCUACCAGACUCACUAGCAGAUCAACAAAAAUUAAACAUCAAAAUCAACAAGACUGUGGACAUCAUUGAAAAAAAUACCAAGGUUAAUGUGGUGGUCUCAUUUGCUAAAGCAUCUCAAAUGAUGUUGCUAUUUCAGGGCCUGCGUAGGAGGAAUGUUUCAAAUAAGGUAUGGGUGGCCAGUGAUAACUGGUCAACAGCUAGAAAUAUUCUGAAAGACGUAAACAUCUCAGAUAUAGGAAAUAUAUUGGGCUUCACCUUCAAGAGUGGAAAUGUUACAACUUUUCAUCAAUACCUAACGGAUCUACAGUUUAAAAGUGAAGCAGAGCUGAACAAUCCAUACCUGGAGGAAUUUUUUAAACAGCCUGAUAUAGGAAAUCCUGCAAAAGCAGUACAGAACCUGAUCAAAAACACAUAUUUGGACAUGGUCUUCAAUGUUCAGAUGGCAGUCAGUGCUAUUGCUAAUGCUGUGGCUGAACUAUGUGUAAAAAGACAAUGCAAGACCCCUACAACUAUCCAGCCCUGGGAGCUCUUUAUACAGUUGAGGAACGUCACUUUUGAGAAAGAAGGAGAAAUGUACAAUUUUGACGCGAACGGCGACAUCAAUUCGGGCUAUGAUAUCUGCCUAUGGGAGGAACAUGAAUCUGAGGAACAUGACAUAAUCGCAGAAUACUAUCCAUCUAACAGCAGUUUCACUUUCACUAGGAAAAAUCUAAGUGAUAUUGAGAAUGUAGUAUCUAAGUGUUCAAACAGCUGUCAGCCAGGGGAGUAUAAAAAAACAGCAGAGGGUCAGCACACUUGUUGUUAUGAGUGUCUUGUCUGCGCGGAAAACCAAUACUCCAACCAAACAGAUGCAGAUGCAUGUUCCAAGUGCGACACUGAGAAUAUGUGGUCAAGCACUAAUAGCUCAGAAUGUCAUCCCAAGCUUUAUGAGUACUUUGAGUGGAAUUGUGGGUUCGCUAUCGUUCUAUUGACACUGACUGCCUUUGGGAUCCUCCUCCUCUUCUCAGUGUCUGCACUGUUCUUCUGGCAAAGGGACUCUCUGGUGGUAAAGGCUGCAGGCGGGCCGCUUUGUCAUCUGAUUCUUUUCUCCCUGCUGGGCAGUUUUGUCAAUGUCAUUUUCUUUGUUGGUGAACCAAGCAAUGAGACAUGUAGGGUGAGGCAGGUCAUCUUUGGCCUGAGCUUCACGCUGUGUGUCUCAUGCAUCUUGGUGAAGUCUUUGAAGAUCCUUCUGGCAUUUCAGAUGAACCUAGAGCUGACGGAGCUUCUGCGCAAACUCUACAAGCCGUACGUGAUCGUCUGCAUCUGCAUGGGGCUUCAAGGCACCAUUUGCGCUAUCUGGCUGACCUUGUACAUGCCUUUUAAAGACAAAGUGGUGCAGAAAAUAUCCAUUCUCCUAGAAUGCAACGAGGGCUCAAAUGUGAUGUUUGGGUUAAUGCUGGGAUACAUAGCUUUGUUGGCGCUGAUAUGUUUCACAUUUGCUUUUAAAGGCAGAAAACUUCCGCAGAGGUAUAACGAGGCCAAGUUCAUCACAUUUGGUAUGCUCAUCUACCUCAUGGCCUGGGUCAUCUUCAUCCCAGUGCACAUAACAAUCAGUGGCAAAUAUGUACCGGCUGUGGAGGUGGUUGUUAUUCUCAUUUCAAACUAUGGGAUCCUAAGCUGCCACUUUUUGCCAAAGUGUUAUAUAAUUAUUUUCAAAAAGGAGCAUAAUACCAAAGCUGCAUUCCUGAAAAGUGUUCAUGAAUAUGCCAGAAAGAGUGCUGAGAACAUCAGGGGCUUAACUGGAACUGAUCCAGUCUACGUCAUAUCCAAUCCGUCACUUGUGACUGAGGAGAAACAAGCUUCUGUGCCAAAAAUAGAUAACGUGGCUUAAAAUAGUACUAAUAAUAAUUUGAUGCAAGAAUAUGACAUCCUGAGUCAAAGCAACCAUUUAGAUGACAUUUUGUCUUUAUUUGACAUGAAAUGUGUGUAUGUGUGUGUGUGGGGGGGGGUACUGAUACUAGAGAAACAUAGUGAGAGUGCCACAGGCUUGUGGAUUGACAAAAGCCAUAAAACUCUCAUCUCAGACAGGGAAAUGGAUCAUGUUUCUUAUGUCAUGCUGAAAUCACUAUGCACUCAAUCACUAAAACACUUCGUAAUUGGAUAUUGUGCAAAUAACUUGGCACUAAGGAUUAGGAUUUCAGCGAAGGAUUUCAGUUACAUUGAACAAGGUGUUGUUGUUAUGCAGCAUUAAGUGUUAAAUUAAGUUGUAGCUCACUUUGAAUUUACGUGUUUGUAUGUCUUUCUCUGUGAAGGUUUGUGUAAAUGCUAAAUGUUUAGGUUUACCUAUUAUCUGUCACCCUUCGAAUAAUAUUACAGGCUUCAAUAUCAAAUGUCA